AUGGGCCGGAUGUUGAUGGAAGAGCAGAGGAAUAAUUUUCAUUUGCAAGUGGCUGGGUGCAUUCUUAUUUUAUGGAACCCUGAGAAGGUGGAUAUUCAAAUCCUUGAUGCUGCUCCUCAGGUCAUUCAUUGUUAUGCCAGGUGUAAGGUAACGUCUUUUGCUUUUCACGUUAGCUUUGUUUAUGCUUUCAAUUCUGUGAUUAGCAGGAGAGAAUUAUGGAGUAAUCUUGUUAGUUUUGGAGAUCAUUGUAAUGGUCCGUGGUUGGCAUUGGGGGAUUUCAAUUGUGUUCAGAGCAGUGAGGAGAAAUUAAAUGGUCUCCCCGUUACCUCUUACGAGACUAAGGAUUUUCAAGAGUGUUGUCUGUCAGUGGGAUUAUCGGACAUGGCUUCAAUUGGAUGCUUCUAUACGUGGUCUAAUAACUCGCCGAACAGUAGACGCUCGCACUCAUUUAAAUUCUUUAAUAUGUGGGCCCAGCAUGAGCAAUUUAUUCCUACGGUUAGGGAAGCUUGGGAGCAGCAAUGGCCAGGAACCCACCAAUUCAAGUUGUGUAAGAAGCUCAAGGGGCUCAAGGGUCCCCUUAAAGGCCUUAAUAAGAAGCAUUUUUCUCAUAUUUCAGAAAGAGCCAGUGAGCAAGCUAAGUGUUCCUAUAUCAAUUUUAGUGAUAGAAGCUCCAAGUUUUUCCAUGAUAUUGUUAAAAGGAAUUCCCGCAAGAAUUACAUUGCUGCUGUGAUUAAAGAAGAUGGUGAGGUAACUAAGUCUAAUGAUGAGCUUGCUGGAGAAUUUCUUCGGUUUUACCAGGAUUUACUUGGAUCUGUUGGGUCUUGUGAGCCGGUUGAUUUUAAUGUGUUAAGGGCCGGGCCUAUAAUUUCUGAUCAGCAAGCUGAGGGUCUUAUUUGCAGUAUUUCAGAUCAGGAUAUUAAAGAUGCCCUCUUCAGCAUUGGGGAGGAUAAGUCCCCGGGCCCAGAUGGGUUUUCUUCCUGUUUUUUCAAAAAGGCCUGGCAUAUUGUGGGCCCUCAAAUAUGCCUUGCUGUUAGAGAAUUCUUUGCCUCUAAGUCAUUGCUUAAGCAGAUAAAUCACACUACUAUUGCCUUAGUGCCUAAGUCCUCUCACUCUUCAUCAGUUGAGGAUUUCAGACCAAUCUCCUGUUGCAACGUGGUGUACAAAAUUAUCUCUAAAAUCCUGGCUUCUAGAAUGGCGUCAAUUCUGGAUUCAAUUGUGGAUCAUGCUCAGGCAGCUUUUGUGAAGGGUAGGAGUCUUGGGGAUAAUGUGCAUCUUGUGCAGGAAUUGUUGACUCUUUGGAUUGGGGUUUUGUUAAGCAAGUCAUGGAAGGAUGAUUUAAUUUUGAUGGCUCGUGGGGACCCUUUCUCGGCCAGCAUUUUGAUGGAUUACUUAAAGGAUUUUGGGUGCAAAUCUGGGCUAAAAGCUAAUGUCUUAAAAUCUAAUGUUUUCACCGCAGGGUUGCAGGGCCAUGAUUUGGAUAGCAUCCUCCAUCUUUCAAGUUUUUCGAAUGGUAGAAUGCCUUUUAGAUAUUUGGGCAUCCCCUUAGCAGUAGAAAAGCUGAGGGUUAGCUAUUAUGAUUCGCUUAUUGACAAAAUUGCUAACAAAAUUUCAGCUUGGACAGCUUCUUCUCUAUCAUAUGCGGGACGAGCUGAGCUUAUUAAGGCUGUCCUUCAAGGAACAGAAUGUUUUUGGCUUUCCAUCCUUCAUGUCCCUAAUGCUGUUAUUGAAAAAGUUUGUCGAAUGUGCAGACAUUUCUUGUGGAAUUCAAAAUUAUACCUUGUCUCUUGGAGGGAGGACUCCUUGUGGGUGAAGUGGGUAAACCAUGAAUAUUUUAAUGUGCAUUCUAUAUGGGAUAGACAAGAGAAGAAGGAUGAUUCUCCGUUGCUGAAAAAGUUACAGCAUAUAAGGGAUCUUCUGAAGCUGAAAAUGGGCUCCGUUCCUACUGCUGUUGAGUUGCUAUCAAAAUGGGCAAGUGAAGGCAGUAUGUAUGUUUCUAAAGCUUAUGAUUUUUUCAGGUCAAAGGGCAAAAAGGUUAGAUGGGCUGAGGACGUGUGGGCCUCCUGCAUCAUUCCGAAGCAUGCUUUUUUGCUUUGGCUAUGUGUUAAAGGAAAAAUCCAAACUAAAGUUAAUCUUCAGUUUUUGAAUAUUGACCGUACAUAUGUCUUAUGCGGUUCCCAGGAAGAGUCAACUCACCACCUAUUUUUUCAAUGUUCCAUGAGUAGUUCGGUGUGGGGGCACAUAAAGGCGUGGCUUGGGAUUUCUAGAGAUAUGACCACUAUUGGGAGCACUCUCAAGUGGAUUAAAAGGGAGGCACGUGGGGCCUCUUGGCAAGGAAAGGCUAAGCGAAUUGCUUUAGCAGCUAUGAUUUAUCAUAUUUGGCAAGCUUGGAACCGUAAGGUGUUCGAGGAUUUGAGGGCCUGUGGGGAUAACAUCAUUAAUAGAAUUAAAACUCUUGUAUACAGGAUUAUGUUUUGUAUGUAUCCUUAUGUUUUAAUUCAGUAUGAGGCUAUUGCCAUGGGUCAAUAG